AUGAGUGAUCAAAGUGGCUCGACUGCCCUCGAAAGAUCCUCAGACUGUACUGGCGCUUCAAAACAUCAACCUGCCGAACUCGAAAGAAAAUCGUCAUGGCACCGAGGAGACUCUGAGGGCUCUAACAUACAACACAUAUCCCCGACAAGAAGAAGGUCGAUUGAAAGAACGCCGGGACAUAAACGAUGGUGGAAGUUCAUGCUGAGGUCUUGGGACGAUGAUCAAGAGCAAGACUGGUGGUUUGCUGGCACUGCAAUUCCCCUCCUUGCCGCAACUAUGGGACCCCUUGCAAACGUCUUAUCGAUCGCGGCACUGGUCACGCCAUGGCGAAUGUGUCUGCUUGACGGAGUUCAGCCAGAAAGUUGUCCAUGGGACGGAUCAAGUGAAUUGCUCCCUGAUCUUGAUGGACACACAUUCGGUGACCCGCACUGGUGUUACGCCCUUAACAUAUGUUCGCUCGCUCUGGGAUUUACUGGAAACAUGUUUUUACUGUUGAACUUCACAAACCGAAUUCGAUAUAUCAUUGCUCUCCCACUCACGAUCAUCUUGUGGUACGCGGCAACUGCGAUUUUGAUCGCAAUCGAGGCUUCCAUGAACCAGUUUGUACCACCUCUGAAACCCCAACAGAGCUAUACUCAAGGGUUCUGGUAUGCUGUUAUCGCUGCAAUCUUCUAUCUAAUAUGCUCCAUGCUGCUCAUGGUCAAUAUGCUCGGAUAUUUCCUCGGGCAUUAUCCACAACGAUUCAACCUCACAGAUUCUCAACGUACACUCAUUCUACAGACCAUGCUGUUCUUCGUAUGGCUUGCUGGGGGCGCAGGCGUGUUCUCGCUGGUCGAGAGCAAGUACGGACAAGGUCUGUUCAAUUGGUCCUACGUCAACGCACUUUAUUUCUGUCAAGUCACAGUGUUAACCGUCGGUUUUGGUGAUUUGUAUACCAGCAGUAACAUCGGUCGAGGGCUAGUCAUGCCUUACGCGGUUGGAGGCAUCAUCAUGCUUGGUCUGAUCGUGACGAGUCUUACAACAUUUGCGUCCGAACUUGGAGAAGACAACAUACCUCGCCUCUUACUCCUUCGAGAAGAAAAAGACCGCUUCAUUGCCAUGCGCCGGAUACAACAGAAGACUCAAAAAUGGAAAAAAUGGUCCGGUCUUUGCAUCUCAGUAUCUGCCUUUGCUAUCCUUUGGUGUAUCGGCGCAGUGAUAUUUUGGAUUGCCGAGCGUCGUGUCCAAGGUAUAACCUACUUCCAAUCACUAUACCUGUGUUGGGUAUGUCUUCUUACUAUCGGAUAUGGCGAUCUCGCCCCCAAAUCGAAUGCCGGACGUCCUUUCUUCGUGGUCUGGAGUCUAAUCGCUGUGCCUACGAUGACACUUCUGGUUGCCGACAUGUCGACCACUAUUGUCAACGGCUUCAACCGAAGCACAUUCCGCCUGGCCGAUUUCACGAUCCUACCGAAAGCCGGCAUCUGGGGUCCGUUGAUAUCUCGACUAUCGCCGUGGCUACAAGCGCAUAAAGAGCGCAAAGCUGCUCAACGCCGCCUGCAACGAGGCUUCGAGACCGGCGUCACAGAGGAAGAACCCACGAUCGAUAACCUAGCCAAGGAGCAAGGCAGUAAGGCUCCCAGUGAUGCCGAACUGGCAAGAAGACUAGCACACGCCAUUCAGCGCGUAGCCAAAGAUCUCAAGCAAGAACCACCACGUUUCUACACAUAUGAAGAGUGGGUACAAUUUACGCAGCUGAUUCGCUUCACAGCCACAGGCGACAGAGAAGAGGGGGUAAACAGAUAUGAAGCCGAUGAAGACGGAAUGAUAGAGUGGGAUUGGAUUGGCGAGCAUAGUCCGCUCAUGGCGCAGCAGAGUGAAGCAUCAUUCGUGCUCGACAGAUUGUGCGAGAGCAUGACAAGAUAUGUGAGAAAGAUGGCGGCUAUCUACAAUCCCAAAGACGAUGGGAAAGGGGAAGACGAGGAAAGUGAUGCAAGAAGGCAAUCACUCGAGAUUGAGGCACUUGACGAGGAAGUCGCAGCAGCCUAG